AUGCAGCAGGGACCCCCACCUCAGACCUUACGGUACUACCAGUGCCCUCCGAUCCAGAGAUAUAUAACGGAAAUCGCAAUAGGCCAGCAUCAGCCUCAGAAGCCGGUCGACCAUGCCUGGCAGAAUAUCCUGCAGCAUUACUUCCGAACCUCUCAUUACUCUGUAGAGAGGAACAAUGGCUUCCACGAGGUCAUUGUAGUCGAAGCCAAGAAGCCCACAGGAAGGGCCCCGACCGAGCAUAAGUGGAAUGGAGUCCGGCAACAGCUCCAAAAAGACAACAUGUUAGCCUUCAGAAACAGGCUAGACAACGUACAGACCAUGUACGGAGUUGCAGCAGUUGGGUCUCGUGCUCGAUUUUACGUCUUGUUUAUGAAUCAGAAUGUUCUGGUUUCAGAUACCCAGGACGGGAUUCUUGCUAACGACGAGGUGGUGGAUCUGCGUGAUGAUGAGCAGAAUAUCCAUCUCUUGCUGGAAGCAAAGUUGGCGAGGAUUAACAACUGUCAGAAUAACAACUGA